UCUUCUCUCUGCCCAGCCGCCGCCCGCCUCUGAACUUCUCCUCUCCGUCCACGCGCCGUCGGUUUCAUCGGUUUCGGUCGGUUAGCCGAAUUCCGCCGAACCGAGUUCGAUUUUGAUCGGAUUUUGAAUUUCCUUAUUUCACCCCACGCCAUUAAUAAUGGGUUUUAAACACGAUUCUGUGCGCUUCGAUUUUCGUAUUGCGGUCUCAACAAAAACCCUAAGAUUUCGCCGCUGCCCUCUUCUUCUCCGAUUGCUCCUCCGCCGUUUCCGCCGCCCAAAGAAGUUACCGACGCCAUCUGUUAUCGGAAAUUCCCGAAGCUUUGGUCGUUGCAUUUUUAUUUCGGAAACCAUCAUGAAUACCCCGCGUGCAAACGAGGUUGAGGUUGCGAAUGAGGAUGAAAAUUUACGUGUAUCUUCAUCAAAUGCUACUACGAAAGGUCAAAACAAUAAGAAGCGAAAAGGUAAUGUUGACGACCCUCAUGCUGAGUGCAAAUUCUGUGGUGCUUUAUAUACUAGUCACUCAAAGAGAGAUGGGAUGAAAAAUAUGAAUGCACAUCUUGAGAACUACAACCGUUGUACUUUUUGUAGUUGGGAAAAAGAUGCAAAGAAAGAGGAUUUGAAUUUAAAAAGUGAAGAGGAGGAAGGAGAGGAUUCAGUGUCAUCAUACACAUCACCUAAUAACGGAGCUUUCGAUGGAAAAAUAGCACGAAUACUAAUUGCAAAAAUGAUCAUAAUUGAUAAAUUGCCCCUCAAGUUUAUGGAGAGCGAAGGGUUUAGAAGAUUUAUGGAGCAGACCGUGUGUGCACUAGCUCCCGAGUUCGUUAUUCCUUCUCCAGCUACAGUAGCUAGAGAUAUAUUGGGAAUACACGGGGCUGAGAAGCAAUAUUUGAGAAACCUUAUUGUAAAUGAGGGUCAUAGAGUUUCUCUCUCAAUUGAUACUUGGACGUCAGAUCAAGAUAUAAACCACAUAGUUCUUACAGGACAUUUCAUUGAUGUUGAUUGGAAAUUGCAUAGGAAGAUUCUUAAUUUUCGUCAAAUUGAAGAUCACAAAGGAGAGACUAUAGGAAGAGAAGUUGAAAAAUGUUUGAAACAAUGGGGUAUUGGAAAAAUAUUAACAUUGACGAUAGACAAUGCUUCUUCAAAUGACACUGCUAUUGCAUAUUUAGUUAACCGUUUCAAGAAUGAGUUAGUUUUGGAUGGUAAUUUUGUGCAUGUUAGGCGUUGUGCACAUAUUAUUUGAAUUUGAUUGUUUGUGAUGUCAUGGAAGAUUUUCGUGAGUUGAUAUCUAAGGUUCGAAAUGCGGUUAGAUUCGUGAGAUCUUCCUCUCCACGAUAUAGAAGCUUUGGAAAAUGUGUCAAAGAGGAGAACUUGUCUAGCAAGAUCAUUAUGUGCCUUGAUGUUCCUACUAGGUGGGAUAAUACGUACAUGAUGUUGGAGGGUGCUGUAAAGUUUGAAAAAGAAUUUGAGAGACUAAAGAUCCAUGACACGACCUAUUUGAAUGAGGAUAUUCCCGCCAGUAGAGAUUGGGAGGUUGUUAGAACACUUGUUGAGUUCUUAUCGUUAUUUUAUGAAGCGACCUUAAAACUUUCUACUUCUGUUCAUGUCCUUUCAAAUAGCAUCUUUCAUGAGAUUAGUACUCUCCAAAAUUAUAUCAAAAUGCGUGGUUUGAAUAGUGACAAUCUUGUUCUCAAUGGCAUUGCGAUGAAAGUGCAGACUAAAUAUGAUAAGUAUUGGUGGAAUAGUGAAAGUGCAAAUUACUUAAUAUAUGUUUCGGUGGUUCUGAGCCCUUGUUGCAAGAUGAAAUUUCUAUCCUAUUGCUUUAGAAAAUUGUUUGAUGCCAAUGUGGCGCAAGAGAUGUGCAAGAAGGUUGAAGAUAUUUUGAGGCAAUUAUUCAAUGAGUAUAGUUUGUCUAUUGACAACAAUGACUCGCCUACUCCGAGCAUGUUCCAUCAUUCAAAUACCAGAGAAUGUUCUACAAAUGAUGCUACGGAUGAUGAGUUUGAUACUUUUGAUUAUUAUUAUGAUGUUAUCCAUAAGUUUUAUGCGGCGAUGGAAGAGGAAGACAAUCUUAAUUUAGCUACAGAGGUGGAUAUCUACUUAUUGGAAGCUUGUGCGAAUCAAGGGAAGGAUUUUGACAUAUUAAAAUGGUGGAAGGAUAAUUCUAGUAGGUACAAGGUUCUUGGUAAAAUUGCUCGAGAAAUAUUAGCAAUUCCAGUGUCCACUAUUGCUGCAGAGUCUGCGUUUGAUAUCGGUGGGAGAGUGAUUGAUUCUGUGUGCUUUACAUCAGCUCCAAAUUUAGUUGAGGUUCUUGCAUGCCUGCAAAGUUGGCUUAAUGAGGAUGCUACGAGUAUUGAUCUUCGAGAACAUAUAAAGGACAUUAGUCACAUGGAAGAAGAUCUUGAAACAAGCUUAAAGGAAGUAUCAAGAAUGGCAGAGAUGUCUUUUCUGUUGAACUUCAUGAGUUCUUGAAUAUGAUCUAUAUGAACGACAUUUCCUCAAGCGCUCCCCGAUAAUCCAACCGUAUUCGAGUUACUUAGGCCUGCACCGACCGCCUCUACUCACCAUCUCCGGUAGGCUGCAUGUUCAUAGGUGCUGAGUUUUCCAGUUUCAGCUGCUGCUUAUUUAAUCACCAUGUGUUUUUAUCUUCACCCUUGAAUGUCUGAACUGGUAUAUUCUUCUUAGCUUAGCCUUAUUUUGCUUGCAAACUUUCAUAUGGUCGAUUGAAUCUUCAU